AUGGGAUUUUGGAUCGUCACUCUGGCCUCCCUGGCCCUAGGAGCUGCAGCUCAGAGCACCGCCGGUGGAGGCAUUGGCUAUACAGGACCAAGCGCUUGCGGCUCAGGAUACACUUGCACUACCUAUAACGCCUAUUAUGCCCAGUGCUAUCCCGGCGCCGCUACAUCCUCCGCUGCGACAAGUAGCACGGCCGCGUCCACCUCAAUACCGGCCUCGACAACUUCAAGCCGCGUCAGCACAACAACAGUGAGCACCUCGAAGCCAACAACGACCGUCACCACCUCAGCCACGGGCACAGCCGGCUCGGGCUCCGGCACAGGGACGCCCACGACCCUGCUGUCGGGCUGGUACUGGAUCCGCGGCGUCGAGUCGCCCUACUUCCACAGCUACCUGCAGGCCCUGCCCACGGCGCGCGCCGGCACCGCCCUUCUGGACAGCUACCUCACGGCCGGGCAGUUCAACAUCAUCGACGGGCAGCUUGUCUACAACACCGGGAGCGGGACCGCGGGCGCCCUCUACCUGAACGUCGAGGACCCGGCCGACAAGACCCAGCGGGCCCUCGCCACCACGUUCAAGACCACCAAGAACACGCACGGCACCUUCGCCUUCUCCGGCGACACCGUCACCUGGGCUGACCCGGACGUGGCGCGGCCCAACACUGCGGCGUUCUACGUGUGCCCUGGCGCGUCUGCGUCGGGCGAGAAUGCGCUUUAUAUUAAUACCGGGGCGUACCUGUACCAGACGCCGAGCGGGUGCUAUGAUGUUGAUGUGAGUUGGCUUAGCCCGGGUGCGGUGGCGGCUGGGCGCAAGAAGAAAUUGAGCUUUUUCGCUGACUUCUGGGCACAGAUACACUACUACGGAGGAUCGACAGCGAAUCUAUGA